AGCAAAGCUGGUCAGACCGAGCGCACAGCGCACAGCUGAUUUUGACGUCGCGAGUAUGACUGACGUUAUUUUGUGUUAUCGCAAAACAUCGCGUAGUUAAGAAUAGGCGUUCUCGCGAUGCGUUUCAUUUAGUAUGACUGCGUUGGCAUAGCACGGUGUUCCCUGCCGGGUGGAUAAAAACGACGAAUACUCGAUCGAGAAGCGUAAGCGGAGUAGACUGAUGAAAUUUUUGAACGCGAAUAACAUACAUCCAAGCAGAGAUUUAUGCUCUGCAAUUUUACGGUUCGAAACGAUAUAAAAUCACCACAGGCGUUGUCAUUUUUACAGCGCAUGACUAUACUCGAGAAUUUCAAUUUUGAUUUUAAUUUUAAUUUUGUUUUCGGGGUUUCAAAUAAGUGUAUGUGUGCGUUAUGCGCAUUUGACGCGAGAUAACGUGCGUGGAGUACUGAAAUGUGUUCCUCCAAGGAAUGAAUUUGGAUAAUUUGAGCUGUGUAGCCUUCACUGCCUUGAGGCGUUCGAGAGUAGCGGUUGAAGAUGGCCGAUUUGAAAAACCUUACACUAGGAGGAGGGAUCAAAUAUAACGGUGACGAACAGGUUCAGUUCAUUGCCAGCGGAAGUCAUCAGGUGACGAUAAGAUCGCCGCCACCAGCUCUGCACCUCGAAAACCUCAACAACGCUGUCAUGGGGGGAUCACAGAACAAUAUUCACUGCAGCUGUAACGGAGCGACGUCUAAUGGGUCAGCGGUGUCUGCGGUGGCAGCCGGAGUUCUCGCGCGAAAAAUCCCUAAUCACAGCGGGGCGAGCCCUGGAGGACAAGGGAAUGGAAAACGUCCCGCGGUAUCGCUCACCCAUCUCCCUAAGCGGCCACCCGUCGACAUAGAAUUCAAAAAUUUAGCCUACAGUGUUUCCGAGGGCAGAAAAAGAGGGUACAAGACUAUUUUAAAAUGUGUAAACGGAAAGUUCAGAUCGGGAGAAUUGACGGCAAUAAUGGGACCCUCUGGCGCAGGAAAAAGCACCCUGAUGAACGUCCUAGCUGGAUACAAGACUUCCCACCUGAGCGGUUCGGUUUUGAUAAACGGAAAGGAUAGAAAUCUUCGCAGAUUUCGUAAAAUGUCAUGCUAUAUCAUGCAGGAUGACCGUCUACUACCUCACCUAACGGUCUACGAGGCUAUGACAGUUUCGGCGAAUUUAAAAUUAGGAAAGCACAUUAGUUUCGCCUCGAAAAAAGUGGUGAUCGAGGAAAUCAUCGACACUCUCGGCCUUAGCGACGCGAGUAAUACCCAAACUCACAGCCUCAGCGGAGGUCAGCGAAAAAGACUGUCAAUUGCUUUGGAACUGGUAAACAACCCCCCUGUGAUGUUCUUUGACGAGCCAACUUCCGGUCUGGACAGUUCGUCUUGCUUCCAGUGUCUCAGUUUACUCAAAUCUCUCAGCAGAGGAGGUAGAACGAUAAUCUGCACGAUCCAUCAGCCGAGUGCAAGAUUGUUCGAGAUGUUCGAUCACUUGUACCUGCUGGCCGAGGGUCAGUGUAUCUAUAAAGGUAACGUGGGUGGACUCGUACCUUUUCUCUCUUCGAUGUGCCUCGACUGUCCGAGUUAUCACAAUCCAGCGGAUUACGUGAUGGAAGUGGCUUGCGGGGAACACGGCGAGUGCGUUCAUAAACUAGUGAUGGCGGUGAAUAAUGGGAAAUGCAACAAUUAUCAGCAUCAUCAAGCAGCUCUCGCUGCUGCUCAAACGGUGUCGAAUGAUAUAGCGAAGAAGUCACCGCCUCAGGAUCAAACUAAACCGGAAGCAUCGGCGUUAAUUCCGAAUGGGGUAGCCAAAACACCAGGAGGUGCUACUGUGAUAAACGUACCUGUCUCUUGUACAACAUCGUUGCUGGACAGUGCCGAAAGUAUAGAGCAAAAGGUCGGCUUUCCAACGAACGGUUGGACACAGUUUUGGAUACUUUUGAAAAGGACGUUUUUAUCACAGAUAAGAGACAUGACUUUGACAAGAGUAAGGCUGAUUUCACACAUAAUCGUCGGAUUUUUAAUCGGCGCUAUCUACUACGAUAUAGGAAACGAGGCUUCUAAAGUGAUGAGUAACGCAGGUUGCGUUUUUUUCACAGUUAUGUUCCUCAUGUUCACCGCUAUGAUGCCCACUAUCCUUACUUUUCCUGUAGAGAUGGCGGUCUUCGUCAGGGAACAUCUCAACUACUGGUACUCCCUCAAGUCAUUUUACUUUGCAAGAUCGCUUGCUGAUUUACCAUUUCAAAUUCUGUACUCAAUAGCUUAUGUAAUGAUCGUAUACUUCAUGACCUCGCAGCCGUUGGAAGCCGAGAGAUUUUUAAUGUACCUUGCGAUUUGCAUAUUAACAUCGUUGGUAUCACAAUCGAUCGGUUUAUUAAUUGGAGCUGCCAUGAGUGUGGAGAGCGGAGUAUUCAUCGGCCCGGUAACAUCUGUACCGAUAAUAUUAUUCUCCGGUUUCUUCGUCAACUUCGACGCAAUUCCAAGUUAUCUCAAAUUCCUAUCGUACGUGAGUUACAUUCGUUACGGAUUCGAAGGUGCCAUGAUAUCGGUGUACGGUAACAAACGUGCGAAGUUAACUUGUUCGGUUGAUUACUGUCACUUUAGAAGUCCCAAAAAGUUUUUAGAAGAAAUGUCAAUUCAGAACGGAGUCUAUUGGAUAGACGUAGUAGCGCUAUUAGGAUUUUUCAUUGGUCUUAGAGUCAUCGCGUAUUUCGUUCUAAGACUGAAACUAAGAUCCUUGCGUUGACCGACCAACACUCUCUUCAAACUUCUGAGGGAUUUUGCAAGAUUAGCUAAAUUUUUUUUCACGCUUAUAAAUAUGUAGCAUUCCCACCGUCCGCAAGUCAAUCGUAUCAUAACGAUUUACCGGCGAAUGAUUACCGGGUGAAGAAAUUUGAUAAUUAAUCUUUAAGGUAUUUGCUCGUAGUCGAAUCAACGAAUCAAGAGAAGAAAAGAAUAGCACUGGUCUUUCUUUCUGGCAAAGAUUCACCUUCGAUUUAGUUGACUCAUGUAUUUAACUGUGUCCCUUGUAUUUUUUUUUUUUUUUUUUUUUUCAUUCGAACCACCAACUUUGCGCCCUCGGGAAGAAGAAAGAGGGGAAAAGGAAAUUAUUCAACUUUUCGAUCGCGUGUGCGAAUUUGAUGAAACAUGAACGGACGAUUAACUAUCCAGUCGGUGAUGAUCUUAAGGGAGAGUUCGUGGCCCCGCAGGUGGAUUAAAACGAUAAAGAUAAAAUAGUCGAAAGGUUGUUUAUAUCAAUUGGAGUGAGAAUGAUAAUAAGCCACAGCAACAGUCGUAGCAGCAAAGAUGAAAAAUAACAAAUAACAAAUAGGUAAUGCAAAAAAAAUUAUACGAAUCACGAAACUUAAUAAUUGAAUCCAUUAAUCAUUAAGAAUAUUCUGCGUUUAUAUGGUCAUUACAAAUAAAUGCAGUGUACUACAAUUUGUCACUGCCUAGUGAAUAAAGAGGUGUGUAUAUGUAUACCGCGAUCAUCGCUAUUCAACUACUGUAUUCUUACGUACGGUAUAUGCUAUACAAAUCCGUUUAUUCGAUAAUGUCGUACGUGACGGCUGACCCGGUAAAUGGGACGUUGUAUUUGCCGACCAUAAAUUAGGUAAAGACGGUUGCAAUCUGUACUCAUUGUAUAUUUAGCAUAGAAUUUUUUAACUCAAUUAUAAUUCCCAUCUUCGAGUUACAGUAAGAAGCCUGAAUUGUCACAUACGUACCGGAUGGCCUGAGGGACCGUGUGUUAUUAUAUAAAAUAUAAGUACAUGAUAUAAUACUUGAAAUGAAAAAUAUAAAUGUAUAUAUAUGCAGCAAAAGUUACGAGACUAUUGGGAACAAUGAUAAUAAAAUGUGAUCAACUAAUUUGGGCACCAUAAGAGAGAUGACGAGUGUUUUGAAUACGAAUUUGAGAGAAAUAAAUGAAUAAAUAGAAGAUAUUCUAUUCGUGAUUAUCGUAACUGGGUCUUGAAAUUUUCGCUUCGAAGUUUAAAUCUCCAGCACGUUGUUACGAUUUUAUUGUCACCGAUAAAGAGCGUUGCGAAAGUUUCUUCAUUUGCUUUUACUCUCAAGUUUUCCUUUUUUUCAACACUAUGUUCUUAUAUGAUUUACAUUAAACGAGAUUUCAAUGAAAAAUCCGUAGGUCGUCGAUUUUAGGAAUCAGAUUACAGGUACAAAUAGGUAUAAUAUGUAUUUGGGCAAAAAGUUUAGUUACCACCUGACAACAAUAUCGAUAUGGCCGCAGUAAGCAACUGGCCAGGAAUUUAGAUACUAUUAAAUUUGUAUUCCUCUUUAAUUACAUAAUAUUAAACUGAUGAGGAAUUUUCUGAUUUUUUGAAAAUCAUGUCAACAUAAUUUUCUGUCAAACUAACCCGAGUUUUCGGUUAAAGUGUACCCGAGUAGUGCCGUUGUAACGCGUGGAUAACAGUAGAAUGAAUUAAAUGAGAAAAGAAGAUAUGUAGGGAAAAUGAAAGGAAAUGAAAUUGGAAUGUACACGAAAACCUGGGGGGAAUUGUCGUUUUUAUUCGUUUUAAUAACCGACAAGAGGAUCGUGCAUCGGAAUAGAUCGUUCGUAUCUUUCGAAAUAUCUUUAUAGACUGCACAUUAUGCACCGCACAUAUAGCUUUGAUUGAAAGCGUUGACCGAAGAUCCUAUAGCAUAUUCAGUCAAGGUUGAACAUUUUUUCUCACAGAUUGAUUAUCAUAGCUGUGAGUGGAAGGUAGAGCAGAAGCAGCUUCGAGUCGUAGCGUUACCUAUGCUAUUCACUGUAUACGUACUGUUCGGAAAACCUUUUCGCGAGGCCUACACCUGUGUUUCGUUUUAGUCACUCGAUCAAAAAAUUAUCUGCAAACUGCAUCCCUCCCUCUCCCCCUUUCUCUCUCUCUCUCUCUCUCUCUAACAUUAAGUCACAGGUAUAAUUGUGUGUACGCAUCGUACUUUCUUUUCUCAUUCGUUUCCAUUUUUCUCUCAGUGUUUCUGAUGAACUUUUUUCUUUCACUAUAAAUGUUCAAUUACAACGGCUCACUAUAUUGUAAACCUGCAACACCAUAGAAACGGGAACGAGAUUGUUCAUCGUUGAUUAUGAUCUCAAUACAUUAUUGUAUGGAAUAUCGAACCAUGAUUGAAAUGAUUUUUAUUGUUAUAUCAUGAUAUCCGCACCGCGACUAAUUAUCAUGUAAAUAGACAACGAUUAAAACGUAUCUACGUAGAUGUAACGUAUGAUCGCGUAUGUACCUACAUUCGUGUAAUGUAUACUAUUAUACCAUAGUUAUACGGUAUACGUAUGAAGUUAUACAGUGAUGUAAUACACCUUACGUAUAAGUAUACCUAGGCAUGUAUGUUGUACAUAAAUGCUUGUACAAAGUAUCUGCCAGACUUGUGUGACUGGAAUUCGGACGAAACUAGAAAAGAGAGUUCAUACAGUAUUAAUUUGAAAAUACAUGGAAAGCUAUGCUGAUAGUGAAUAUUUAAUUGUCGCCAUCAUAGGAUAGUCGAAUCAAACGGAUAGAAAAUAAGAAAUUCAGCCUACAAUGUGCAGCAUUGAGAUAUCGUUGUUUCAAAUUAAUUUUAAUUCUAUUUUUGUGACGUUGCGAUGAGUACUAAUUCUGGUUUGUUCCUGGCUGGACAUCUUCGGUUUUACAUAAAGCGAAAAGCCCAACCAAUACACGUAUAAUAAGCGUAUAGAAAAUUUGGGAAACAAACGGAACGAAUCGUAACUAAUAUACGUAUACUUUUUGCCAUCCCGUGUUAGCAAAAAAGAGAGCAAGGAAAUUUUUCAUUUCGAAACGGCUAUUCUUUUGCGUCGUUAGCUGCAAAGAACGAUGAAACAGAAAAAUAGGAUCGGGAUGGGGAUGGGGGUCAAUAUCUUGUAAAAAGUUAUAAAACUUACGAAGUAAGAAUAAGAAUAAUAAUUACCUAUGUAUGAUAAUCGAAACGAUAAUAUAGCUGAAUAGAUUUUCCAUAUUUUUAGACUCGCAAUAUCGUUUGAAUUCAUGCAAGUGCGUGCACGUACGAACGUGUCUGGUGAAAAAAUACGCGAAACCAUUAUGAGCAUAUUCACAAGUAUCGCAACGUGCGAACUGUUUACGAUAAUAAUAUAACAAUCUUUUUGGUAUAUAAUGUCACGAUAUAAUUUAACGAUAAUUAUGGCGAUGUUGAGUUCGUUGUAUUUUUAUCAUAUACACUACACGUGUUAUUAUGUUCAAAUCGGUAAUUCAGACGGCGUGGAAUUACUUAUUGAAUCUGCCAUAAGAUAUUAAUAGUCGACAUACAAUCGUUACGAUAUAAUAGUAUAGGUAGGUAUGUAAUAUCAAAAUUUUCUUCUCAAACAAUCGUUACACGCAUUUAUCGUAUAGCACCCGUUGGUUCAUAGAAUAAUUUUUUUUCAUUAGUCCAAAGAGGAAAAAGAGGUUCAAAUGAAACUAACUUCGGCUGGAGUUCACAGUAGUCUCCUCUGGAAUUUACUCUUCAAAUCCUAUGGGGCAAAUAUUCAUUCAAUAUGGUCUUUCGAAAAUGAAGCAAGAUAAAAAAAAAACCAAAAACCCACGGAAUAAUAACAAUGAUAACGAUGUUUGAUAAUAAAUGAAUAGAUAA